CGGCCUUGAAGUCUCGAAUACAUUGACGGAAAACGCGUCUAUCUCGAGAUACUGCGUGUCGCAACAGCUGCAGGGUCGAGACUCAAGCCGAGACUGUCGUGGUGUUUGUGGCCUGCAGCAGUAUGGAAAUUUGAGUUGAGUCAGAGAGACAGUCAGAAAGUCUCGUCGGCGAAGCACGGACCGUUCGUAUCUAUCUCUGUUCAGUGAACAGUUGAACCCUCGGCAGAUACUUGCGCCCUUACCGUUCCACGCCCUGUAACAUAACGGUCGAUCGGUUUAUUCAUCAGUUUCGUGUGCAGUUUUACUGAUUCCAGUUAGUACGCUCGAUCGAGAAAGUAAAGUCUCGCUGAAGUAAACUUACGGUUUAAUUUUACCCUUUGCGGUGUUAUUCGCAGAUAUAAUGGUGGUCGGUGUCCUUUCGGCGGGUUCGCGAUGCGUCAAGUACCUUAUGUUCAUAUUCAACCUGCUCUUUGUGAUUAGCGGAAUCCUGCUGAUAUCGCUUGGAUCUACGAUUUUGGCGGUGUACCAUGAAUAUCACUACUUCCUUGACACGAAAUUCUUCUCAGUACCAUCGCUGCUCAUAGCGAUUGGUGUGAUAAUUUUUCUCAUCGCAUUCUUCGGCUGUUGUGGAGCUGUUCGAGAAAAUUACUGUAUGGUUGUUACGUUUGCCACGCUGCUGAUACUCGUAUUCAUCCUCGAACUUUCCGGUGGAAUUUCUGGAUACGUCCUAAGGUCGCAAGCGAAAGAAAUCGUUACUGAAAAAAUGAACAGCUCGAUGGCCGAAUACAAGAAAAACACCGAGAUCACUAUCCUCUGGGAUCAGGUUCAGAAAACUUUCGUGUGCUGCGGCACAAAUGAGGCGAAGGAUUGGCAGCUAUACUUCGACAACGACACUCUCCCAAUGUCUUGCUGUGAUCAACAAGUUGGUGCUGCUGGAACUGUGACCUGCAAACUCUCAGAACCGAAUGUCCACGAAAUAGGCUGCGCUCACGCUUUCCUGGACUUCGUCAAAUUGCACGCUCUACAACUCGGCGGAGUCGGUCUCGGCGUCGCGUUUGUACAGCUCACCGGUAUCUGGUUUGCGAUAUCCCUGGCAAAGUCGAUCAGAAGUAGCUACGAGACGGUUUAGUCGUCACGGAAAAAGCGCAUCGUCUUUGAAAUGGGGGAAAACUAAAAGGAAAUCUCAUUCCAGGAACCACGCGUUAUUAUCAUCAUAUGUAUAAAGAAUUAAGUUUAUACAUAUCACUGUGUAUGCUUGUAUACUUCCAACUUAACGAUAUUGGAAUACUUUAUUCUUAUAUUAUACUUGUGCCUAUCUUAUACGAUGUGAAAAGUGGUGCCAUAUAAUUAUAUAAGUAUAUUAUUUUGUUUGAUACAUUGGUUCCUAUAAUUCAAAAAGAAUUUACAAAAUGUGAAAGAUAGGUACUUAUGUCAUUUAGUUCUACCGUUUAUACGAAUAACGAAGAAAUUCGGAUAAAAAAAAAAUAAAUAACUGUUGUACUGAAAAAAGUGUUAUCUUAAAUAAAUGUUAAAUUUAUAUCGGAAUUGCACCAAGUAUUUCUUCAACAGCCAAAAACCUUCACCUUCUGUACAUUUUACCUCGACUUUCACAGUUUAAUGCAAUAUCAUUUAAGAUGUCAAGGCCGUCCAAGAUCUAAAUGAGUUAUCUACCACGAAAUGCGGCAGGAGAACGAUUAGAAAAGUGUAUAAGAAACACUUCAGGACAAUACAAAUAAUAUAUGACAAAGCGAUGCACGCUUUUCACAUGGUGGUUUUUAUAAAUCUCAUUUGAAAUAUUAGCUCCAAGUAAAAAGGUAUUACUUUCAUCUUCUAAGCAAACAUGUGAUAUCAAUUGGGUCGCUUGCUAUCGAAAUGGUUUGAAAAAUAUAUUGAAAAGAUGUC